CCUAUGAAUAGACCUAAUAUUCCUCGUCGACACCGAAUUGCACGAUUUACGGUCACGGACACAAGGCCAUCUCUCAGGAAUUACCUGUGAAAUCCGAGUGUCAAUUUGGUUGUUAUUCUUGUUGAAGUUUUGGCCAAUUGUCGUACUCAGGUAUUCAGUCAUUGUUUUUGCGCUUUCAUAGUGUUUCAUCAGCCAUUCAUUCAGCCGGGAUUUGGACCUAUAGACCAUGAGUUCUAAUAGCAUCAAACCCACCACACCAGCCAAAGCCGGCCACAGUGCAUACCCUGGAGUUGCACCAAGCAACCAAUCCAUCCUACUUGAAAAAUUAAACGUUCGAAGAUCUACGCCGGACUCUGAAGCUCUCGCAAGCUCGGACGACGAACCAGAUCCUCAUCGACUCGACACGCAUCAACCGCUAGCGCAGCCUCAGAAGCCCGUACGCCGUGCUUCUUGGUUGAAUGAUACUUCGCAAACCACAUUACCCCACCCAAGAAAAGGAUCUUUUGCGAGCAGCUCAAUGUCGCCGACAGCCUCGCACCCGACCACCCCGUCGGCGGAAACGGGUGCGGCCGCUUGGGGUUCCCAUUCUAAUUCGACGAAUCAAGUGGGCCGCGGGCACCAAGCGCCGCCCUCUUUCCCAUGGGGAACAGGUAUCUGGAAUACGGAACGUAAGGAGCCCCCUUCCAGGCUUACCGAGGUCCUCCCUUCACCAACUUCCACCAUUCCAACUGGUGCAAGCUUUUUUGGAGGAGACAACACCUUGACACAAACGUCUCCAACCCCAAGAGAGCAGGGUGCUAACCCACAAAUCCCGUUCGCCAUCCCUCUGCAUCCGACUCCAAAAACGUACCGAUCGCAAUCAUAUUCAGUGGGACAGUUAGACCCAGACACAACAACACCUACAGCACCCACUUCCUCGGUAUUGGCCGGGAGACCACGCGCCGCCAUUGGACACCCAGGGCUACAACACAGGCCUUCGCGACCGAGCAUGUUGAGCGAGAUGUCUAGCGACGGCGCCAUGUUAGGAAAAGUCAAGGAGGUAGAGGACGAUGAUGACGAGAGCACUAGUGAUUCUGCUCAAGGGACUCUUCAGCAACAGAGUGUCGAGGCUAAGACCAUCGAGAUGCUCACUCGUGAGAAUGCUAUGCUGAGGCAACAGCAGCAGUAUCACACCUCACGACUCAGGCCACGUGCGUCAACGGCCGCUACCUACGGUUUGGGCAACGGAUACGGCGUUCGUGGGACAGUCCCGGAAGAAUCUGAUUUCGCGAUUGAUGAGCUAGACGAAGCUAAUGAGGGCCAAGACGGCGCCUCAAAGCGAGCUCUGGGCAGACGUAUGAGUGAAUACGCGCCGGCGCCUUUCCGCGCACCAUAUCCUGUGGAGAACAGGAAGAUCGAAAACGUCAAGAAAGCUUUUUGGCAAAGCUCACUGGGAUUUGGUGGUCUUGGCGACAUUCCACAGAGUCGUAGACAUUCAUUCGCCGAUGUACCUACUCGACAAGGAUCAAUCGGUUCUAUUGGCGAAGCUGUUUCUCUCCAUGAGGCAACCUCCCCAGAAGCAGCUCAAUCUCAAGAUUUUGGUGGGUUCCAUGAGGGCGCGGGUUUUACAACGACUAGUCCUGUAUCUUACUACCCGAGUGGUAACCAUGGACAUGUGCCUAACACACACCAAGCUAUCGCAUCUUCGGGUUAUGCCAACCCAUAUCAGCCAGCCUAUGGACUGCCUUCGUCUUUUGCUAAUCGCCCGCCAUCCCCUCAUAGAAACAUGUACGGGAUGAGUCAACCAAGACACAACCAACUUCUGCACAUUGUCCUCUUCAAAUGUUCUAGAGCAGAUGUGUUCUACAUUCAAGAGGGUACCGGCCUCACGGUGAAGCCGGGUGAUCUCGUUAUUGUCGAGGCAGAUCGAGGGACAGAUCUUGGUACCGUGGCUCGCGAUAACGUAGACUGGCAGACGGCCAAAGAGUUGAAGGAGCAUUACGCAGAGGAACACUAUAAAUGGUUGAUGAUGUACUCGCAAAAUGCUGCCGCCGCUCAAGAAGGGACCGGAGCUGGUCUGAUGGCUGCAUCUAACGGUUUGCAAGGCAGCGCCAUUGGUGGUAUGGGACCACCCAGCCAGCAUCACAUGCAAGAACCGAACGCCGGUGAGCUCAAACCGAAGCUCAUCAAACGUCUUGCGCAAAGCCACGAAAUCCACAAUCUUAGGGAUAAAGAGGGUAACGAGGCUAAAGCGAAGCGUAUGUGUAUGCAAAAGGUAAAGGAGCAUGGUCUCAACAUGGAGAUCCUUGAUGCGGAGUUCCAGAUGGAUUGGAAGAAGUUGACCUUCUACUAUUUCGCCGACUCUUACAUCAACUUUAACUCGCUAGUCACCGAUCUAUUUAAGAUCUAUAAAACGAGAAUUUGGAUGUCUGCCAUCAAUCCUGCCUCGUUUGCUAGUCCGACCUUGGGACUUCAGGCUCCCAGCGGCAUCGGCCCAGGGGCCGUCACCCUUGGAAGAGGAAAUGGAGCCGCCAACACGGAAAGAAGAACCAAUCCAACUCAGGAAUCCCAGGGCGCCUUUUCUGGCGGCAAUGCAUCUGGGCGACCGUUCCAACCAUCAUAUGGCCAACCGUUCGGCGGCGCGGAUCAUGCAUCAGCUACCAACUCUGCAUACCCUCCGUCUGGUUUCCCAUACUCAGCGUAUGGUGCAUUCGGUAACGCGCCGAGAACUGGCGCGGUGUCGUACGUCCCAGGUUUAACGCAGGGGAUGGAGACGUACACCGGUGGCUUCUCGCAAGCUGGCGAAUUCCCGCCAAGCAUGCGAGCACGCUAUCCGAGUCCACAUACUGCACCCUCGCCUCACGAUCAGGCACAGUCUAACGUGUCAGGGCAAAAUGAGUGGAUCGCUGGAUUCCAAGGGUUGUCCUUGAACACCCGCUAGAUGAACGAUUUCCUAGCUAAUCUACGGCAUUGUUACGAUUAAUGCACUGUAGAUCUUGGUCCCCUAACCAUUCUAGGUCGGCAGCCACU